CUCCCCACCCGCCUUAACACCGAAGAAAAGCUGAGUCACAUCUAAAUGCCGCGGCUGCUGCUAACGCUAAGCGCGCAGGAGACCCAGUUUCUGCCCUCGUUUCUUCUCGCUCUCGCCGAACCAUGCUGACGAUCACGCUGAAAACCCUGCAGCAGCAGACUUUCAAGAUCCAGAUAGACGAGGAGCUGACGGUACGAGCUCUGAAAGAGAAGAUUGAAUCUGAAAAAGGCCAGGAUGCGUAUCCCAUAGCUGGACAGAAGCUCAUCUAUGCAGGUAAAAUCUUGAACGAUGACAUACCGAUCAAAGAAUACAAAAUCGAAGACAAGAACUUUGUUGUCGUCAUGGUAACUAAGCCCAAACUGGCUCCUCCUGUGGUUGCCAAUUCUCUCCCUGACCUUUCACCUCAGCCUCCUUCUCUACCUGCUCCUCCUCCAUCUGCCCCAGCAGCCCCAACCUCCACAUCCACCUCUGCAACUGCUGCUGUACCCACCCCUACAGCUACCCCUGCAUCUACAAUGACCCCUACAACUACCCCUGCUCCGACAAUCACCCCUACAACUACCCCUGCACCCACAGUUACCCCUGCAUCUCUUCCUGCCCCUGCCUUAGCUCCUACACCCAGCUCUGUUGAACCACCUCAGUCUGAAGAGUAUGUGAAGCCUCCUGAACCUUUGUCCACAGCAACCCCUGCUUCUGCCCCUGCUUCUGCCCCUGCUUCUGCCCCUGCUUCUGCCCCUGCUUCUGCCCCAGCUUCUGCCCCAGCUUCCAGUGUCGAGGCAGUGGCGACAGAGGCUGCGGAGACAGAGGCUGCAACCACACAGGAUGCAUCUGCAGAUCAACCCCAGAGAGCCGAACCAGAGCAGCCGGCAAACCCCACCGCAGCGCUCUCAGCUGCCAGCAUUAUGGAUGAGCUCGGACUUCUGGAGGAAGCAGCAUCGAUACUCGUUACAGGGCAGGCGUAUGAGAAUCUGGUGACGGAGAUCAUGUCGAUGGGAUACGAGAGGGAGCAGGUCAUCGCCGCCUUGAGAGCGAGCUACAACAAUCCCGACCGAGCAGUGGAAUACCUGCUCAUGGGUAUUCCUGCCGAGCCGGAGCCGGAGCCGCCUGCACAGGAAGCAGCGAGACCCGCCCCAGAAACAGAGAGACCUCAACCUCCACCAGCAGCUACUGGUGCCACGCCCCCCCAGGCCCCACCCGCCUCAUCGAACCCUCUGGAGUUCCUGAGGAACCAGCCGCAGUUCCAUCAAAUGCGUCAGAUCAUCCAGCAGAACCCGGCACUCCUGCCUGCCCUGCUGCAGCAGCUGGGCCGGGACAACCCUCAGCUCCUGCAGUUCUGUCCACAGCAAAUCACGCAGCACCAGGAGAGGUUCGUGCACAUGCUUAAUGAGCCGAUGGAAGGAGAAGCGGAAGCGGCAGAGGCACAGGGAGCUCCACAAACUAACUACAUCCAGGUCACACAGCAGGAGAAAGAGGCCAUUGACAGGUUAAAAGCUUUGGGCUUCCCCGAGGGACUGGUCAUCCAGGCUUAUUUUGCCUGCGAAAAAAACGAGAACCUGGCAGCCAACUUCCUGCUCCAGCAGACCUUCGACGACGAGUGAACGCGGAACACAUGGGCCGAAACCCCGGGCUGCGACGGAGAGACUGAAAAGUGCUAGUUUGUGUGUAGUGUGAGCUUUGUGGCAGAGUUUUGCGAGGAGGAUAAAAAAAAACAAACAAACAAAAAAAAAAAAACCACCACCGCGAGGACGUUGCGUCGCAGAGAAAAGCCACGCUUGUGAUCUACUCUAAUAUCGGAGAUCAGAUUUCUGCCCUCUUUAUUAGAUUAUUUCACUCGGACAGGAGGCUGUCUCUGCCGCCGUUCUCGCCGAGCGUGCCGCGUAAACUUGCAGGUUUUUAAUCUCUGCUCCGAGUUAUUAAAUGCAAUUAAAUCCUGCCAAGACCCAAAGACCCCCCACCUUCCACCCCCCCCCCGAGUGUGACCUCUUAUCAUCUAUGUGUGUAUCACAUGGCCUUUGCUUUUCUUUCUUUCUUUUUUGUUUUGUUUUUAAAAUUUUUAAAAAAUGCUAGCUCUGUAGUCAAAAUGGUUUGUACCAUUCUUUAAAGAACUGGAUUUCAUGACUUUGACUUGGAAAUAAUAAUAAAACACUACAACAUUUCCAAUGAACAGGCAACAAAUCAUAACCAUUCGAACCGUUCUUUCUUGCCGAAAGUCUUGACAGUGUCUGGUGUCUCGUUUAGGCACCUGAAAUAAAUUCUCAUACUAAUUCA